AUGCCGAUGUGGUGCCAUUUGUUUAUCCAGACCUUCACAGGGGCUGCUCGCGCCUGGUUCGACAGCCUUCCACCUGGAAAUAUCACGUCAUGGGUCGACUUCAGAACCCAAUUUGUAAAUCAUUUUAGCCAGCAAAGACGUUAUCAGCGCGACACGGCUGAGGUAACAGUCAUCUGGCGCAGCGACAACGAGGGGCUAGAAGAUUUCAUCCCUCGUUUCAACAAGGAGUGUGUAGAGAUUGGCGGUGUAAAUGAACAAUUGAUGCGCGCUUACUUCAAGAAAGCCAUUCGCUGUGAUAGCCUCAUCAGGACUAUCACAGCAAAAGACGGUAUGCCCAAGGAGUGGGACAAACUCAUGGAGGCCGCGAAAUUAGUAGCGCAAACUGAAGAGUCAUUGGCCGGUACCAAGAACUCUUACACUGAAGAUCGUUUUUCCAAGGGAAGCUCGCGCGAUAACAACAGGCGGAACAAAAACAGGAACCCUGGAUGGAAAGCAAACCAGUCCAGCGGUUAUGAUGAUAGGUCUUGA